UAUUUUGACAGUUAGAUUUGUUGUUGCUAAUUGACAGUUCGUGGGGAUAUAAAAAUAAUGUCAGUGGCACGUCGUGAUAUUGCUCCUUUCCUACAGCGCCUACGUGCCUUCCUUUUGGGCCGUGAACACACUGUAGCUUUACGUUUUGAAGAUGGUGUAGCCGAUCGUACACAACCACCUCCAGAAGUGCCCGGUGGCCCAGCACAUAUUCUAUCCGCCAACUACUACUGCACCCGCGAUCCUCGUCGCUUGGUCGUUCCACCAAUUAAUUUGGUACAACAAAAACUGUUGAGUGGUGAUAAAGAUGCUAAACCAGCUGCUAAUUUGCCUACUCCAGGAAAAGUUUACAAAUGGGAUUAGAGAGAAAUAAAACAUAGAUUUGUUAAAAUUUAGUUAAAUUGAAAGUGUAUUAAUGGUUUUGGUGGUCCGUAUUUAAAACUUAAAGAGGUAUGCCGAAAAAAUAAACACGAUAAAAACUGUAAAUAAUAUUUCAAAUUCAUAAUUACUUUUAACGAACUUGGGGCUUCUUUAUUUUAUUGAUUGCGUUAUAAAUAAAACCAAACUUUUUCAAUAAACUCAUGUUUUAUUGCAGGA